AUGGCGCUGCCCGCGCUGCUCCCGCUCCCGCUGCUGCUGCUGGCGGCGGCCGCGGAGCCGCCGGAGCCGCCGCCGGUGCCCGCCGAGCCGCCGGACGCGCUCUUCGCCGCCGGCUCCGAGUCGUACGCGCGGGGCGACUGGGCCUCCGUGAUCCUGCACAUGGAGCGGGCGCUGCGGGCCCGCGCCGCGCUGCGCGCCCGGCUCGCGCGCUGCCGCCUGCGCUGCGCCAACGACACCGGCUGGGCCGAGGAGGCGGCGGCGGGCGGCGACGGCGACGCGGCGCUGCGCGACCUGCGCUUCUUCGGCGGGCUGCUGCGGCGCGCCGCCUGCCUGCGCCGCUGCGGGCCCCCCGCGCCCUCCCGCUACCGCCUGGGCGACGAGCUCGAGCUCGAGUUCCGCAAGCGCAGCCCCUACAACUACCUGCAGGUCGCCUACUUCAAGAUCAACAAGGUGGCCAAGGCGGUGGCGGCCGCAAACACCUUCUUCGUGGCCAACCCGGAGCACGCGGAGAUGCGGCAGAACCUGGAGUACUACCAGAUGAUGGCGGGCGUCAAGGAGGACGACUUCACUGACCUGGAGGCCCGGCCUCACCUGACCGAGUUUCGCCUGGGAGUCCGGUUUUACACGGAAGAGCAGCCCGCUGCCGCCAUCCUGCACCUGGAGAAGGCGCUGGAGGAGUAUUUCGUGGCGGACACCGAGUGCCGUGCGCUCUGCGAGGGACCUUACGACUACGAGGGCUACAACUACCUGGAAUACAACGCAGACCUCUUCCAGGCCAUGACAGAUCACUACAUGCAGGUGCUGAGCUGCAAGCAGGGCUGCGUCACAGAGCUGGCCUCGCAGCCUGGCCGCGAGAAGCCCCUGGAGGACUUCCUACCCUCACACUUCAACUACCUACAGUUCGCCUACUACAACAAUGGGAAUUACGAGAAAGCCGUCGAAUGCGCCAAAACCUUCUUGCUCUUCUUCCCCAACGACGAGGUGAUGAAGCAGAACUUGGCCUACUACACCGCUGUCCUGGGGGAGACACUGGCUGGGCCCAUCGAGCCCCGAGAGGAAAUCCAGGCAUACCGCCAGCGAAGCCUCAUGGAGAAGCAGCUGCUCUUCUUCAGCUACGACGUUUUCGGUAUCCCCUUCGUGGACCCGGACACAUGGACACCAGAGGACGUGAUACCAAAGAGGCUGCGUGAGAAACAAAAGGCAGAGCGGGAGACGGCGGCGCGCAUCUCCGAGGAGAUCGGCCACCUCAUGAAGGAGAUCGAGACGUUAGUGGAGGAGAAGGCCAAGGAGGCGGCCGACGUGAGCAAGUUCAUCCGAGAAGGUGGCCCUUUGGUCUACGAAGGUGCCAGCGUCACCAUGAGCUCGCGGGCCCUCAAUGGCUCCCAGCGCGUCGUGGUGGAUGGGGUCCUCUCCGACGAGGAGUGCCGCGAGCUGCAGCGGCUCUCCAAUGCCGCCGCCUCAGCUGGGGACGGCUACCGGGGCAAGACGUCACCUCACACCCCUAGUGAGACCUUCCAUGGCGUUACCGUCCUCAAGGCCCUCAAGCUGGGCCAGGAGGGCAAGGUGGCCCUGCGGAGCGCCCACCUCUACUACAACGUGACGGAGAAGGUGCGCCGCAUGAUGGAAUCCUACUUCCGCCUGGAGGUGCCGCUCCACUUCUCCUACUCCCACCUGGUGUGCCGCACAGCCAUCGAUGAGAAGCAGGAAGGUCGGACUGACAACAGCCACGAGGUGCACGUGGACAACUGCAUCCUCAACGCCGAGGCCCUGCUCUGUGUGAAGGAGCCGCCCGCCUACACCUUCCGGGACUACAGUGCCAUCCUCUACCUCAAUGGAGACUUUGAAGGAGGAGCCUUCUACUUCACCGAGCUGGAUGCCAAAACUGAGACUGCGUCGGUGCAGCCCCAGUGCGGCCGCGCCGUGGGCUUCUCCUCGGGCUCGGAGAACCCGCACGGCGUGAAGGCGGUGACCAAGGGCCAGCGCUGCGCCAUCGCCCUCUGGUUCACGCUGGACCCGCGCCACAGCGAGCGGGAGCGCGUGCAGGCCGACGACCUCGUGAGGAUGCUCUUCGGCACCCAGGAGAUGGAGUUGCCUCCGGAGACCGUGGCUGCUGCCGGGGCCGAGGCCAAGGAUGAGCUGUGAUGCCCCCAUCCAGCUCCGGUGUUCCUGGACUCCGCACCAGCUCAGUGCCCAGCGGUGCCGUCAACUCCAGCAUCCCUGGAGCAUCCGGCAUCCCUUUCCCCGCUGGUCUCAGCGGAUCGAAUGGACAUACUGUGGCUGCGGACACAGGGAAAAG